AUGGCUCCGGUAGUAAAGGCAAAGUAAAAACAUUCUAACUUCAUAUCCUCUGCAAAGCAAGGAAUAAAUGAACAAACGUGGAAUCUUAAAUUGUGCUGCCUGUCGUCCAUCCCCUCGAGCGCUUUAUAGGCGGUUCAAUCUAGGAGCUCCGACAGUGAGGUCUCUCUCUCUCUCCACCCCCUUCACACACAAACAAACACGCAAGCAAGCACACAGAGCGUAUUUCCUGUAUCUGCCGUAUCUAUCGUCCUCUCGCUUGCGCUCUGUCAAGCUGCUUUGCUGUCACACUCAAGUAGAGCGCGGAGAAGAACCAUCGAGCUCCGAGUGACGGAUAUCCGACUUCUGCUCCCCGAAACAUCCCCCAGUCCAGCCCUGGAUUCAAUACUUAUCAUCAAUGGACAGAGCUUCCUACCCAACCAGGCGAGGUACAGACACCACGUAAACAGUCCGUACGCUCUGUUGGGAGUCCCUCCUGGAGGUUGGAGAGGGAUGGAGCGUGGUGGUACUGAGAGCCCUUGUCUGCAGGACAGUCCAGAGCAGAGAGGGGACAGCCCGGACACCUGCGCCCCCCCGCCGGGCAAGAUGAGCCGUCUGGAGGGUAACGGGAGCCCCACGGGUCCACGCACGCGCCUCAACGGCACCCCGUUACGGCCCCUCGGAGGUCUGAUGAUCCCUGUGUACUGUGUAGUGGAGCAGGCAGAUGGGGUCGUGUCUGGGGGUGUGGUCUCUGACAGGGAUGGGCGUGGUGACAGACAUGCUGAGUUUGUAUUGGUUCGUAAGGACAUCCUCUUCACCCAGCUGGUGGAGACAGCCCUCGUGGCCCUGGGCUACUCCCACAACUCAGCCGUGCAGGCGAGAGGCAUCAUCAAAGUGGGCCGCUGGAACCCCAUGCCCAUCCACUACCUGACUGACGCCCCCGAGGCCACCGUCGCCGACAUGCUGCUGGACGUCUAUCACAUGGUUACCCUCCGCAUCCUACUGCAGAGCUUUUCCAGGCUGGAGGAUCUGCCGUCAGAGCAGUGGAACCACGCAACGGUGAGGAACGCCCUCAAAGAGCUACUGAAGGAGAUGAACCAGAGUUCCCUGGCCAAGGAGUGCCCUCUCUCUCAGAGUAUGAUCUCUGCCAUAGUCAACAGCUCAUACUAUGCCAAUGUGUCCACCUCCAAGUGCCAGGAGUUUGGCCGCUGGUACAAGAAGUACAAAAGGAUUCAAGGUGAAUACCUGGAGAAGAUGUGGUCAGGACGGGAUAAACCUGAUAUUAAAGUGGAGAGGGACAGCAUGUCAGACGUAUGUGGCCUGGGACAGCGCCACCCCUCUCACCUGACCCCACCAACCCAGCUUGGAGGGUUACCCCUCAAGGUUGGACUAGGGGACCCCCAAACCCCCAGCCACCAACAGGCCCUCCCCCACCUGUCUCAGCAGCACUCACCCCAUGCCCAGCACCACCACAGCCCACCGCCCAGAGGACAGGCGCCCCCUCCCGGUCCUCCGGCCUCCCUCCAACCCUUACUGGGCCCGGGCGGUCUCCUCUCCCCCCAGCUCAGCCCUCAGAUGGUCAGGCAACAACUGGCCAUGGCCCACCUCAUCAACCAGCAGCUAGCUGUUAGCCGCCUGCUAGCCCACCAGCACGGUCCACAGGCCCUCCACCAGCAGCAGCACCAACAGUUCCUCAACCACCCACCCAUCCCGCGCUCCUGCAAAGCCCCAGGAGGCCUCACCGAUCCUGGGAUGAAUCCGUCGGCCGUGGAGGUCUGUCCGGACAUCUACCAUCAGGUCAGAGAGGAGCUGAAGAGGGCCAGCGUUUCUCAGGCUGUGUUCGCCAGGGUGGCCUUCAACCGCACACAGGGCCUGCUGUCUGAGAUCCUUCGUAAAGAGGAGGACCCUCGCCAGGCCUCCCAGUCACUCCUGGUCAACCUCAAAGCUAUGCAGAACUUCCUGAACCUCCACGAGAGCGAACGCGACCACAUUUACCAGGAGGAGCGUGAACGCAGCAUGAACCCCAACCUCAACCUAGGCAACCUGACCCCAACCAAUCAGAACUCCAGCUCCACUGGCCAGCGACUCACACAGCCCAAGCCCCCCCUGACCCAGGUCAGUGCUGAGCUGCCCCUGAAGAUGGAGUCCCUGGUCAACAUCAACAUUACCUCUGGGAUCUAUGAUGAGAUCCAGCAGGAGAUGAAGAGAGCCAAGGUGUCCCAGGCCCUGUUCGCCAAGGUGGCCGCCAACAAGAGCCAG